AUGACCGUUUCUGAGUUGGCAGAAAACCUGCCAGAUAUUGAGACUCUACGGGAGUUUUGCCGUGGGCUCGCCAUGGUAGAAGCCAUCGUAUACCCUAAUUGGGAGAACCGUUACUAUUUGUUUGACUCAAAUUGGGCUACGGGAGAAGAAAUGGCAGAAUUUAAUAACGGCCAAGGCGACCAAUAUUUGAUUAUGUUUUCAUCUGUGGGAGCAUACAUCUGCGGCUUUGACCACGAGUCACCGAUGAGCCCAUUCCGUCAGAAAGACCCCAAGCCAUGGCCAGGUAUUAUAGACACUGUGCCGAACGAGUUUCAACGCUUUGUGGAGGAGCCAGCAUUCAGCUACCGGGAUGGUCCUUUAGUCACUGUGUGCCUGUGGCGCGGCAAAGACGACGACGAAUGGCGUCACGGGAACAUAGCAUUCCCUCGUGUAGAAGACCCAGACGGCGCAGAUCAUCUGUUUUGGUUACUACAUUAUAGAGAGGUUGACGACUAUAUCGGGUGGGCUGAGGAGUACUAUGAGAAGCCAAUUGAUGCUGAGAGUGUAGCUGCGCUUUUUCGGGGAAGGCCAUUGACAAAGGAAAUAGUGGAAACGCUCAAUGCAGAAAUCACAUUAGAGGAGCUGGAGAAAGAUAUUGAGAAAGAUAGGUUACAAAGUAGCAGAAUAGACGGUAAAAAGAAAAUAUCAUGUUUUGUCCCUAAAACAAUCCCUUUUGGCUUCAUAGAUAUCUCCAUCAGCUUAAUCUUACACAACCCUUUGUGAUAUGCUGAUUGAUGCACAGCUUGUCAUGCAAUACGUCUGCGAUCAUAGCGAUAUAAGACGGACUUAAUAUUUGCGCCACAAAAGCCAAUAGUCCUCUUUUUUCCCCUUUCAUUCUCUAACAAACUC